CCCCUGGUUAGAUACAUUCAUAAAUGGACUUGGGCCGAGAGAUCGAUCAGCCCAUUUGUUAGAGAAGGCCCAUGCCCGCUUUAGCGGAGGGAAAAUGUAAAAACAGAAAAGUAGCAAGUUUGUUACUGGAAUCAACUAAUCAGGUAGAUGAAAACCUUAAAAAAAAAACAAGCUGUUAAAAUUUAGAGAGAUCUCAUCUCCACACAGAAACCAGAGGAAAGGUUCAAAAAAAAAAAAGAAAAACAACAGUGAGAAAAGAUGGCGUCGAGCGGAGCAGCGGGGCCGUUCUGGAGAGCGGCGGGGAUGACGUACGUGAGCUACUCGAACAAGUGCGCGAGCAUGGUGCGGAGCUGCCUCAAGGAGCCUCACAGGACCGAAGCCCUGGAGCGGGAGAAGGUCCAUUUCUCCAUCUCCAAAUGGGUCGACGGAAAGCCAGAGAAACCUUCGAUCCGGGAGGGUACCGGAGGAGAUUGAUUCAGGUUGUGGAAGAUGAAUUCAAAUCGAGAAGCGAAUCAAGCCUACUCUUUUUUUUUCCUUUUCUUUUCGUACGAGAGAGAUUCAUUUGGCAUGUUGUUAGUGUUGUUAUCAUCAUCAAAUAAUAACGAGAAAUGUUCUCUCGUUUAUUUAUGUAAGUUUUGUUUCUUGAACGAAAUCAUUUAAUUUGCGAUUUCUUUUGUCACAUAGUGUUUGAUUUUGCUUCCAUAAAAAAAAAGUCUACCAACACCAGAUCCGAUCCGAGCAUAAACAGUUAAAUUGUUGGUAUUUCAAUAUUAAUAGAAGGUGUUUGUAAUUUCAGGCCUUACAGGCAAGUUAUACCACCGAUUAAAACCAUGCUUCGAUGUUGAAAUCGGG